AAGAUAUCCACCACGUCUGCGCAGUACAUGCCUCUGAAGACUUUGUACAAGAGUCCAAAGUUUUUUGGAGUGCUGAUGUCUGUCCUCCCGUAGCUUCGCGAGUCGGUUUCAGCGGUGGCCAAUGUCAGCUGCCGGCAUGUUGGGGGCUAAGAUGGGAAGAAGCAGCCGCACUAUAUACCAUCUGAGGAAAGGCCUAUGCUCGCCGCUGGCUAAUGGCGCUGGCUCCUUUCUCGGUCCCCUGGGCUUCUCUCAACUCUUGCGACUUCCCUCCUGUCCUGGCAUUUUCAGGGGGCUGCAACAGGGAAACUGCCGCCAUCCAGGUGCUGAUACAGUGAAGCCACUUGAUGGUGUAAGAAUUCUUGAUCUAACAAGAGUACUUGCAGGACCUUUUGCCACUAUGAACCUCGGGGAUCUUGGAGCUGAAGUAAUCAAAGUGGAAAAACCAGGAUCUGGGGAUGACACUCGAUCCUGGGGACCACCAUUUGUUGGAAAUGAAAGUGUUUAUUUUCUCAGUAUAAACAGAAAUAAAAAGAGUAUAGCUAUUAAUAUGAAGAAGGCCAAGGGAGCAAAGAUAAUUAAAGAGCUGGCAGCUCUCUGCGAUGUGCUUGUGGAAAACUAUGUCCCUGGAAAACUGGCUGGAAUGGGUCUAGGCUACGAAGACAUCAACAAAGUUGCACCUCAUAUUAUUUACUGCUCAAUAACAGGCUAUGGUCAGACUGGUCCAAAAUUUCAACAAGCAGGUUAUGACUCAGUUGCAGCUGCUGUUUCUGGACUUUUGCAUAUCACAGGGCCUGAGGGUGGUGAGCCAGUUAGGCCAGGCGUAGCUAUGACUGACCUUGCUACAGGUUUAUAUGCAUAUGGAGCAAUUAUGGCUGCACUUCUUCAACGACAUAAAACAGGGAAAGGAAUGCACUUGGAUUGCAAUCUGCUUUCAUCUCAGGUUGCCUGCCUUACUUAUAUAGCAAGCAAUUUUCUAAACUGCAGAACAGAAUCCAUGCGAUGGGGCACUGCACAUGCGAGUAUUGUACCCUAUCAGGCUUUCAAAACAAAAGAUGGAUAUAUUGUGAUAGGAGCAGGAAACAAUCAACAGUUUGCUACUGUUUGCAAGAUUCUCAAUUUGCCUGAAAUCAUUCAUGACCCCAAAUACAAAGAUAACCAGCAGCGAGUGGUAAAUAGGAACGAACUUAUUGGAAUAUUGUCAGCCAGGUUCUUGAAAGAAGAAACCUCUAAAUGGCUAGACCAUUUUGAAGGCAGUGGAGUUCCAUACGGUCCAAUCAACAAUAUGAAGCAGGUGUUCUCAGAUCCUCAGGUUCUGCACAAUAAACUUAUGAUGGAGAUGGAGCAUCCAACAGUAGGGAAGAUUACUGUUCCAGGACCAGCUGUAAGGUAUAGCCAGUUUGAAGUGUCAGAUCCUAAACCACCACCUCUGGUUGGACAGCAUACACUGGAUGUACUGAAGAGUAUAUUGGGGUAUAAGAAUGAUGUUAUACAGGAUCUGUUUGAUGCCGGAGUAAUAGCUCAGCAUGAAUUCAAGUGAAUUGAUUUGAUUUCUGUUGCUGAUAUGGAUGAAGGUUUCAUGAAUCAUGUUAGAUAUCUUUACUUUGCACAGUGUAUUAACUGAACUAUGAUUGAAUUUUAUGUCACAAAGUAUCAACUUUCACACUUUUUAAGAAAUUUGGUUUACUAUCAGGAAAUAAAUAUUUUUGUAAAAUUCAGAUACCAUCGCAGUAUGGCUCAUCACUCCCCAGAACUUUUAAUUGUAGGUAAUCUCAAAUUUACUGUAAUUGUAUUAAUGCCAGAUGAUUUUCAAAAUACAUUUAAAGAAAUGUAAUACUUAAAUGUUACAGUUGAAGGAGAAUUUAUUUUGAAAAUAUUUUAACAUAAUAAUCAUAAUAUUGAGCAAAUAGGUAGUUUCAUUAAUCAUCUUAAAUAGGAGCCUUAUUAGCUUGCUAAUUUCUUACAUAAGACCCAAUGAAAGAGGUUUUUACAACGUUAACUUAAAUUUGGGUUACCAGAUUUACCCUUGUAAGUAUUUGGUUUCCAUUACAAUACAAUCAAAUGGCAGCUACAUUGCACUUAAAAGUUACCGUACUUUGCUACAUAUCCUUAUGUUUGCAAGAAUAUAUUUAAUCAGCUAUGUAUUAAACAGUGAAUGAAUAAUGCUAGUGAUUUUAUGAUUUUAUUCUGGAAAGUUCUUAUAGCUUGCUAAAUUUGUUGUAUGUGAAUUUCCAGAAUAUAAGCAGCAGCACUUUCCCAGAAACAUGAUUCUGUCUGCAGGCAUUGGGACUUAUUUGAUUUGAGAUACUUUUUGGAGUUCU